AUGAGCUACCAACAACAUCUUUCAAUGGGUUCUGGUAGUAGACCCGCUAGAAGAAACUUUGAAUUUGGGAGGACUUACGUGGUGAGGCCCAAGGGAAAACACCAGGCCACUAUAGUUUGGUUACAUGGACUUGGUGAUAAUGGCUCAAGCUGGUCCCAGCUACUGGAAAAUCUCCCUCUUCCAAACAUUAAAUGGAUUUGCCCAACUGCUCCUACUCGUCCCGUAGCAAUGCUGGGUGGAUUUCCUUGCACUGCAUGGUUCGAUGUGGGAGAAAUUUCAGAAGAUAGUCCAGAUGACUGGGACAGUCUAGAUGCUUCAGCAGCACACAUAGCAAACUUGUUGUCUACUGAGCCAGCUGAUGUUAAAGUUGCUAUUGGAGGCUUCAGCAUGGGUGCUGCAACAGCCCUUUAUUCUGCAACUUGUGCUGCCUUGGCACGAUAUGGUAAUGGUAAUACGUACCCUAUCAACCUCAGAGCAGUUGUUGGACUAAGCGGCUGGCCUCCAGGUUCAAGGAGCUUAAGGAGCAAAGUUGAAGCGUCACAUGAUGCUGCAAGGCGAGCUGCAUCCUUGCCCAUUUUUCUCUGCAAUGGAACAAGUGAUGAUGUAGUCCCAUAUAACUACGGAGAGAAAUCUGCUCAAUGUUUGAGCACUGCAGGAUUUCGAAACCUGACUUUCAAAUCUUAUGAAGGGCUUGGUCAUUACACGGUCCCAAAAGAAAUGGAUGAGGUUCGCACUUGGCUUACAGCGAGGCUGGGGCUUGAGGGCUCCCGCUCUUAG